AUGCUUAUUGUUAGCUUCCCCACUGAAGCUAAAUACAUAGGCCAUAACUGCUCAACUUUGGCUGGCCACUCCACCUCCACCUUUAAAUCCAAUCUUAACCAACUCCUCUCAACCCUUUCCUCCAACUCCAACCGCAACGACACCGCAGGCUUCUACAACGCCACUGUCGGCACCGCCUACGGCCUCUUCCUCUGCCGCCGUGAUGUGUCUGCCCGUGUCUGCGAAGAAUGCGUGGCCAACGCAACCUCGAUAGCGCUCCAACGCUGUCACGACAACCAACAGGCCGUGGUUUGGUACGACGACUGCAUGCUACGUACUCAAACCAGCCCUUCUAUUCUGAGGCUGCCACGUCGCCUAGGCUGGACUUUGGACAACUUGGUCCUCAAGGCAGCCAAUGCCAGCGACAAGUUUGAGACGGAAGAAGUAAAUUUUACAGACCGGAUUUCGUUAACGGUGUACAGCCUCGGACAGUGCACGCAGGACCUGUCCGCCGCGGAUUGCAAUGUGUGCCUCCGGAAAGCCGUGGCGCAGUUGGAGCCGAAUAAGAGAGGAGGACGAGUUCUAUAUCCAAGUUGUAAUGUCAGGUUCGAAAUGUACCCUUUCUACCAAGAGGUGAUAAGUAUCCCAAAACAGCCGCUUGUACCGGAGCAAUCUGCGCCUCCGUCAACCAGACCUGGACGAAACAAGGUCACAUUUAUAAUCUUCGCUAGUACUCUUGGUCCUGUUGCUUUCUGUGUGUUCGUUGUGAUUGUGGCCGGAUGCUUCUUUCCCAAGAGACUGAGAAGAGUCAGAGAGAAAUACCAAGCCAAAAAACAACAGAAAAAAGUUGGAAAUGAUAUGAAGACAGUUGAGUCCUUGCAAUUUGAUUUGGGAACUAUUGAAACUGCCACAAAUAAGUUUUCAGACAACAACAAAUUAGGUGAAGGAGGAUUUGGUGCAGUUUUCAAGGGAACACUUGGUAACGGACAAGAAAUAGCAGUAAAACGGCUAUCAAAAAGCUCCACACAAGGUGUGCAAGAAUUCCAGAAUGAGGUUGUAUUGGUAGCCAAACUUCAACAUAGAAAUCUUGUGAGGCUUCUGGGAUUUUGCUUGGAAGGAGAAGAAACCCUACUUGUCUAUGAAUAUGUAUCCAACAAAAGUCUCGAUCACUUUCUGUUUGAACCCACAAAACGAGAGCAGCUGAAUUGGUUAAGACGCUGCAUCAUAAUAGGAGGAAUUGCUCGAGGAAUUUUAUAUCUUCAUGAAGAUUCUAGACUUAGAGUUAUACAUCGUGAUUUGAAAGCUAGCAACAUCUUGUUAGAUGGCGAUAUGAAUCCAAAAAUAUCAGAUUUUGGCAUGGCUAAAAUGUUUGGACUUGAUGGUCAAACUCAAGGAAACACCAAAAGAAUUGUCGGCACUCUUGGUUACAUGGCUCCAGAAUAUGCAAUGGAGGGAUUGUAUUCCAUAAAAUCUGAUGUCUUUAGCUUCGGAAUACUCUUGCUUGAGAUCAUAACAGGAAAACGGAACUUUUUGGGUUUUGACGAAUGUGUACCUACUCUCCUAGCAUAUGCUUGGCAAUUAUGGAAUGAAGGAAAGGUGUUGGAGUUGAUGGAUCCACUACUGUUGAAAGAUUCAUGCAGCCCAAAUGAAUUUUUGAGAUACAUCCACAUUGGAUUAUUGUGUGUUCAAGAGGAUGCAAACAAUAGGCCAACCAUGUCAUCAGUUGUUCUAAUGCUGAAAACUGAAACUAUUAGUCUUUCCAAACCUGAGCGACCUGCAUUUUUUACUGGAAGGUCUGAAAACCACCACCAUCAGAUUGGUGCUUAUACAUGCAGUGUCAAUGGUUUGACAGUUUCUGAUGAUAUGCCCCGUUGA